UGCCUUUCUUAACUGUUGUUCGUAGAAUAUGACCCAGUCAUAGGCUGAUAAAGGAACAGUAAAAUGCAAAUAAAUUCUAAUUUUGGCACUACUUCGAUUUAGGGGCACACACUAUCUAAUCCCAAGUACUACACAUCAAUAUAACAUCAGGCGGAACCGGCGAAACAGCUGUUCCAUCUGAGUAGUGGGCGCCGGUUGAGGUUACUUCAGCCGUUGAAGAGAAGAGAGCGAUUUAAGUGUGGGUGUGUUAUAUGGAUAGCAAAAUGAAAAAGAAAGAAAUUGAAGAAGUUUUUGGUGGUAUUCUGGAGAAGGAGCAGGAUGUGUCGGCGGGUAUGGCCGCAAUUAGAACGCUGUUGACAGUUUUGGAACAUGACACAUCUGAAACAGUUCAGGAAUUAGACUCCAAUCUCCAAGCAGCUGUGGAUGCAAUGAAAAACACAGAUUAUCCUGUUACAGCAGUUGCAUCGGGCUGUGAAUUAUUCCUGCGAUUCAUUACCCUUGCAAAGCUUGACACUAAGACUUUUGGGGAGUGUAAAAGCAUCAUGUUGCAUCGUGGUCAGCUUUUUCUGAAGAAACUAAUGGAAGCAAGAGGAAAAGUCGCAAAAUUGGCAUCUUCCUUCAUUGUGGACGGCUCUCGUGUCCUCAUUCAUUCUAAAUCGCGCGUUGUCCUGCAUGCAAUGAAGGAAGCCGCUCGAGCCAACAAGAGAUUUGAGGUUUACGUUACAAUGUCAUCACCAGACAAUAGUGGACUAGAAAUGUGUCGCCUGCUUGAGGAAGAAAACAUUCCCUGCACCGUGAUCCUUGAUUCUGCUGUGGGUUAUGUUAUGGAGCAGGUGGAUAUGGUUAUGGCUGGUGCAGAAGGCGUGGUUGAGAGUGGUGGUAUUAUCAACAAAGUGGGCAGCUAUACAAUGGCUAUCUGUGCACGUGAAAUGAAGAAACCUUUCUAUGUACUUACGGAAAGCUUCAAAUUUGUCCGACUCUAUCCUCUCAAUCAGCGUGAUUUGCCUAAUGAAUUCAAGUACACAUCAAGCAAAUUAGGCAAGGAUCUGACUAAGGAACAUCCUCUUGUGGACUAUACCCCACCAAGCUACAUUACAUUACUGUUCACUGAUCUGGGCAUUCUUACACCAUCUGCUGUGAGUGAUGAACUUAUCAAGCUCUAUUUGUGAAACAUUAAGUAUACCUUUAAAGCACUGUAUAAAAUAGAUAAUUUUAUUGUACAAAUGAA